GUGGGGAAUGUCUUAUUUGCUCAGCUGUCAUGAUCUGUAAUGAUGUGAUGUCUCAUUCUACCAACAAAAAUAAUAAACAGACACUCUCUUCUUUCCAGGUCAUACAAAGAAAAAGAAGGCAAAAAGGCUGAUAGUGUGGAUACAAGGAAAAGACUUGGAUUGAUUUUUUCACCUUUUCUUUUGAUUCCCUUUCAAUUAUUUUGUCUGUCCAGUACAAGUAAGUAGUUUUUUCUUACUGUUCCUAACCUAGUAAAGACAAACUUUUUUACUAUCAGUUACAGCUACCUCAGAUUGGAUGAAACCUUUUCUUGCUUAUUUUCCUAUUUUGAAAAGUUCCAAGACUUUACUAAAAGCACAUUUUUAUUGGUAAUUUCAUGUCAAAUUUGAGGUUUGUAACUAACACCCUCAUCAAGAUUUUAUCUUUAGGGAAGCUCGGUGCACUAAGCUCCCCGGAACCACAAUGGUCUAUUGAUCUGCUGAAGGGCCAUACUCCUAGGAGUGUGAUGUAGACAGAGACACACCCGUAGUGGUUGGCUUGCUUCCACGACUCGAACCCCUAAUCUAUAGGUCACACAGAUACAACUUUACCGCAUUCAAAUUUUUAUCUAAUUAUAAGAUAUUCUUGCUGUGUGAGAAAUCUUAGACACCUUUAUGCCAAUUAUCUUUCUACACAAGGGAAUCAAAAAGUACUUGUACAACUGACAAGGUAUGUAAUUUUAACUGAAUUGGUGUAAAGAGAGGACAGAAUCUGAGGAAAGCUAUAAAUAAUAAGUCCUCUUUUUCUUAUAUUUACUUAGCAGCAGGCCAAGGAAAAAAGUGAAGAAAAAAACAAGAGAUUCUUUGUUGGUUAUAAAAAGAAGGGGUUCUUCAACUGUGGUGAGAGCUUCUUUUCUUGAAUGACAUAUUGGCAUGUGUAAAUGCAUGGACAAGAAAGUGGGGUACUCUGAGAAAUUAGCCAAUGAGUUGUCUGAAUAUAAAGGAAAUUGGCAAGCAUUGCUUCCUUACCAUAGUUUCUGUUUCCCAAAUGGAUUCUUGAAAUCAACUAAUUAACAUUUCUCAAAGAUUUUGUCAUGUCCUUCCUCAGCAAUUAUUUUUCUAGUACAUAAUUUCCAAUCAAGAGGACCACCACUUUCAUCUGAUUUUUCAUAAUGGAGUUCAAGUUGGUACCUUUAUAUUCAUCUUUAUGAAAAAAAAUUCAGCUUUUUCAGCAGUAAUUUUGACUUGAAAAUUUCUUCAUUGAUCCAUAUCAACACAAGUGUCAAUUAAUGUUCAAAUAAGUUGGAUGAUUUUCUUGGAUGGCAAGUUCAUUUACAGCUAUAGGAGGAGGAAUUGGAGGGGCAGUUGUCCUCUUGGGAGUAAUUUUCUUUUUAUGCUUUUGCGCGUUUCGCAACUGGAAGAAUUCAAAUAAGAAUUCAGACGGUGCUUCUUCAGAUCCAUCUGCAGUAGUUACAAUGGAGCUGAAGAGGGGAGGCCCAAGCCCAUCUUUUAAGCAGUUCAGAAUGGAAGAGUUGGAGAAAGCCACAAGGAAUUUUGAUGAGAGCAAUCUCAUUGGUUGUGGGAGUUUUGGUCUAGUUUUCAAAGGAUUGCUUUGUGAUGGAACUGUUGUCGCUAUAAAAAGGCGCUCGGGUACUCCUAAACAGGAGUUUAAUGAAGAGGUGGCUCAUUUAUCACGAAUUCAACACCGCAACCUGGUUAAUCUUUUAGGCUACUGCCUCGACAGUGGGUACUCAAUGCUGGUUUUUGAGUAUUUGCCAAAUGGAAGCAUGUGUAAUCACUUGUAUGGAAAGGACUCUGCAACAAAGUUAGAAUUCAAGCAAAGGUUAUCUAUUGCUAUUGGAACAGCCAAAGGUUUAAGUCAUUUACAUGGCCAACGCCCUUCAAUAAUCCACGGGAACUUUAAAACAGCUAAUGUUUUGGUUGAUGAGGACUUCAUUGCUAAAGUUGCAGACGCGGGGAUUCUGAAGUUACUCGAGAAAAUUGAUGAUGCAGGUCCUUCUGGACUGAGUUCUGUGAAUGCUUUUAGAGAUCCAGAGAUAAAUCAAAUUGGAAUACUGUGUGAGACAAGUGAUGUUUACAGCUUUGGAGUAUUCCUAUUAGAGCUCAUAACUGGAAAGGAGGCUUCAGAUAUAGAUGAAUUUGGAUCAAACCAAAGUAUACUAGAAUGGGUUGAAAAACAGCUGAGUUCAGACCAAUUAGUGGAUAAUAGGCUGUUGGGAAGCUUCACAGCGGAGGUAAUGAGGGAUUUGAUCAAGCUAGCGUUGAGAUGCAUGAGUUUUCCAGGGCGAUAUAGGCCAACGAUUGAAACAGUCGUGUUGGAUCUUGAAAGGAUUCUUGAGAAGGAGCAGAUGCACACAACUGUUAUGGGAGAAGGUACUUCAAUAGUUACACUUGGGAGUCAAUUGUUUACAAACUGAAGCAAUGAGACAUCUAUUUAACUUGAAAGAUUUUGGCCUGCAAGAAACAACAAGUAAAUUUGAAUGGCUUUGUCCCUCUCCUCUCCGAAUUCACAGUCCUUCCGCCCAGCUAACUGUUUCACAAUCGUCAAUUCUCCCAAACUUCAUAUUUCUCCUAAAAUAUGAAAUUUACUUCCUUUAAAUAAUGAGUAUAUUCUUGAGCAACUUUAGUCCUUUAAAUUUAUGAAAAAGCGAUCACUUUUAAUUGCUGUCAAAUAUUUAAAAUUUAACUUCCUUUUGUUUGAAAAUAAUCACAUACUUAUUAUACUUUCUUUGAGUCAUAAAAUAGAAGGCGAGGAUGAU